AUGGAACAGGACAAUAUCUACGACCCACACAAGUCGAGGGAGCUGGCCAUCCACAUCGCCGCCAGUUCCCCGGACUGCUCAAUGGAGCGCGUCGCCGCCCUGAUGUACUUCGCAGACGCCCGCGCCACCAGACAUCUCAGCCACUCAAUCACCGGCGACGACUACAUGCAGAGCCGCUUCGGUCCAACUCCGUGCAACCUGUCACAGCUGAUCAACGACAUGACCAACGACGGCGACGUCAACGCCUGUACCACCAUGACCUAUACCGAGGUUAAAGCCUCCAUCCUGCCUGCCCGUCAACCCAACCUGGCAGUCUUCACCGAGGACCAACGCGACCUGAUAAAUCGAGUCAUCGACGACUUUGCCGAUGCCACCACCGGCGACAUCAUGCACGCCGCCGAGCACGAGCUCAGCUACCGCUUGCAACGACCAUAUUCCCAACUCGCACUCUACCCCGUCCACGACCUACGAGAGUAA